AUGAACGAUCAAGUCCCUCCUAUCCUCCCAGAUCUCAACUCUGGCCGGGGCCAAAUUGCAGAAAACUGCGCCGAGUACUAUUUAUUUCUUGUCAAGGAACAGGCAAAUAACCAGACCCAGCUUCAGCAGCUGGAAAUACUUCGAAAGGCUGCAAUCAAUCUGUGCAACAGCCUUACUAAUGAUUACAUUUGGCAAAGGGAUGGAUUUAAUCUUGAGCUAAAAUCAAGUCAGGGCUUGACAUAUCUAUACGGAAUAACAGACUAUGGCGAUGCUGUUGAGGAUGAAUGGCUCAUCGUUUUCAUGCUACGUCAACUGACGGAAUCAUUUCGUGACUUAUGGGUGCGAAUCGUGGAUGCGGACGGCGAGAUUUUACUCAUUGAGGCCGCUAAUACGCUUCCCAAAUGGAUUACUCCUGAAACAGACCAAAAUCGGGUAUGGAUUCACGAUUCCAAGCUAUUCAUCAUACCUCCAUCACCAGCGGCCGAUGCGCUACAAGUUGGGAGUCCCACCACCAUUACCUUGCGAAAUGCAGUUGACUAUAUCAGAACUAAGCCAAAUGCUCUGGUUAAUUCUCCUCUGAUUGAAUCGGAAGCCUUCUACCGGCUCGAAAAGUACCCCGACCACAUAAACCAAUCUAUGCAUCACUCUCUGGUUACGAUCCCAAGACGGCUCGCCUCUAUUUUGCAUGCAAUUCCGAAAUCUGUCUCAUUGGCUGUUGAGAUGUUCUAUCUACGCGAUGCCAUCACAUUGAAGUCAAUCACUUCACCAUCUGCGCCGCUGGCAUUCCCCCCGAAAGACUUUGUCACGACCAGUGUUCAGUUUACCAAAGUGCUUUUCGCACAGCUCAAGUCACAACAUUUCGAACCCCCUCUAAGAUGGGAGGCUUUUAUCAAGGACGCUUCGGAAACAUCUCUCUCCGAUCUGACAAGUCCGACACGACGAGAUAUGGGCAUGAAGUUGACUUGUGGUUACGAGAUGCUCUCUGUAGACGCAGAGAAAAGCAGACAUCGGGUUGUCCGAGAGCUGGCCCUCCUUCUGCAAGACCUUGCUGACGAUGGCGAUGCGACGUUACCAUCAGAUGCCGAAAUUGGGGCUUGGCCAAAUCACAUGCGUGAUGACCCCGAAGAUUGGAUGGACAUCAAUUAUCAAAAUUUUGAACGGGAAUUAGAUGGAAAGCGCAGAAAUGCAUCAAGGGUCGGAGAUCCGGACUUUGGGGAUUCGCAAGCCCAGAAUGACCUCAGAAAGAUAGUGUCACGGUUCGAUGCGUUUCUGAAUGAUGACAAAGCUGGCCUAGACGGGGUCGACCCGGAGGGGAUGGAGGGUGACGAUGUCGAAAACUCCGAAGAUGACGAUGACGACAGUGAGUUUGAGGAUAAAGCAGUCAGCUUUGAUGAGGAGGCAUUUGCCCAAAUGAUGCGGGAGAUGAUGGGAAUACCUGGGAAAGGUAAAACCAGUGAUGCACAUCCUAAUCAUUCUGAGUCGGACUCGCCAGGCCAACUCACAGCAGAGGAUGUUGGCCCAAUUUCCGAUGACCUGCGACAACUUUCGUCGCAAAUGGAAACUGAGCUUAGACGGCAUGGAGCUCUUAGUUUGAAACCAGAAACGCACAGGCAGCUCAAUAAACGACACAAAGAUCAGCUGGAGAAUGGACAACCGCAAGUCAGAGCCAGUGAAGCAGCUGAAGACGACGAGGAGGAAUUAAACAUCGACUAUAACCUGGCCCAAAAUAUAUUGGAAAGCUUCAAGGGCCAGGCGGGAAUGGCCGGACCCACGGGUAAUAUCCUUGGUAUGAUGGGCUUUACGCUACCGAGAGACGAUGACGAUGUAGUACGGAAAGCCUGA